AUGAUACCUCUACAUGGUGGGUUAAUCAGCUUUAGCCCAACAUCAACAAUAUUCCAUGUAUCAGGAGGAGUUUCAAAGGCAAAGACAAGCUUUGAUGUUGUAAAACCAUGUUCUAAAUAUGCUGUAAAUGGAACAACAUUAAACGACGCACGUAAGAUAAAGGAAAAAAUCUCUGAGUUAGCGAUUGGCUCAGCAAAAUCGUCAACUGAAACGAGUCAUCUAUCACAUGCGAGAACAGAAACGAAUGGGCUAACAGAAGCAUACUUAGAAGCCAUUUCUCCAUCUAGGAAUCGAACAAUGAUACUUCUAGAUGGUGAGUUAAUCAGCAUUAACCCAACAUCAACAAUAUCCCGUGUAUCAGGAGGAAUUUUAAAGCAAAAGACAAGUUUUGAUGUUGUAAAAGCGCUAUAUUCUAAGUAUACUGUAAGUGGAACAACAUUAAACGACAUCCGUAAGGAAGAGGAAAAAGCCAGUGAGUUGGUGAUUAGCUUACCAAAAUCGUCAACUGAAGCGAAUCAUCCAUCACAUGGGAGAAAAGAAACUGGGUUGAAAGAAGCAAUCUUAGAAGCAAUAUUACCAUCUAGCGAUCGAACAAUGAUACCUCCACAUGGUGGGUUAAUCAGCAUUAGCCCAACAUCAACCAUUUUCCAUGUAUCAGGAGGAGUUUCGCAGCCAAAGGCAUCUGGUGUUGAAGAAUGGGCUCUGGGGAAUAUAGUUGUAACUGAUGAAACUGGAUCCAGCAACAGUGAUGAAAUAAUUUAUGGACGUACUAAUGAUCCAUCAAAAGGCACUUUUGGAAAAGAAGUUUAUCGUCCAAAAGGCAAAUCUACCCACAAAGCAAAAAUGGUUACAGACACAACGUCAUCUACAAACAAUCGGAUAUUGAUAAAGUCAGAGCGAUACACAGGAUCCUUCAGUGACCUACUGAUUGAACAAAAUGGUGUUACGAUAAAAGACUCAGGCGAUAAGUUUUCUGGAAGUCAUAGCUCCACCGCUGUUCAAGAAAUGACAAUGGUGGAAAAGCCGUUGACA